AGCGCUGCGCAAUCAAUUUGUAAUAAAAUGGCUGACGCAGCGUACGCUGAGUCCGUUCCUUUUGCCGCGCAUGCCUAUUAUUAUUAUUUUUAAGUGAAACAUUGUAUUUUGUGUGGCAAUAAAUGGUUUCUUAUUCUUAUUCUUAUUCUUAUUCUUAUAUAAUGUGACGUCACAUCAUCUUAUCAUUUUGUUAGAGGCGUUUCAAUCGUCGAGUGCGAGCGUCAGACUUUAACUCUCAUUUUUUGACCUUUGUCCUAUAUAGACAUUUGAUCCUUAGGAAAAUCAAGAUCGUUUGACAUUAUUUACAAAAAAGUGGCUGUGACAUAAUCGGACAGACAGACGGACAUGACGAAUCUAUAAGGGUUCCGUUUUUUGCCAUUUGGCUACGGAACCCUAAAAACUGUCAAGUAGCCAAUUGACUUUGACAGCUAAUUUCGCGGGAAAUCGGCAUUCGCCAGCGCCACUGACAGUUGCAUGCAUUGCAUGAAAUUGUAUUAUUAUUCAUAAUUUGAUAUCAAUCGUAAUGAAAUAAUAUAAAAAAUAUUGCUAUGGACAAUUCUUACCUAUCUAUAUCAGAUAUAUUAGUUACAAAUGAACGAGUUCCAUGCAGAUUUUUACACGAUUUGCCUAAAAUGGGAUUUUUGGACCCGUCAGCCGCUGAAGAUGACCUUAAAGCUGGUUCAAACCUUGACGUGCCGCUGUGGUUAGCAGAGGCAUUAAAUUCGAGAAGGCCUCCCUUGUUGAACGUGGACCUGCCUAAAAUAUACAAAGAUGCUUACAGGGAAAUUCUUAAUGCAGAUGCCUGUACAGUGGACAUGCACAAGCUAGGGCCCCAUUUCUACGAGCUUGGGUGCUAUGUAGCAAAACAUGAUAUAAAAGGUGAAGUGAAAUCCACUUUAAUUAAUACUUUUAGACAAAGAUUCCGGAUGCUGAUGGCUGCCAGUGUGUCCAGUGACUCGAUUGGUUCCAUCCAGCCCUUGUCUGCCAGCGAGAGAAGACGUGCAGCCUCCGCUGCUGUCACGGAGAAGGCUCUGUCUAGCUGGCUACAGAGAGGAGACUCCCCUCUCACUACAGCGAACAUGGUGGCUAAUCAUAGGAAACGGAAACGAGCCGAGAUGGAAAUGUUGUAACAAAAACUUAAUUUAUAUAAAUUCAAAUUUAAUUACAAUUCAUGCUGGUUUUAAUUUAUAAUAUAAUAAAAUUUGUACUCAGUAUCACUAGAUCAUACAUUUUUCUAUCCUAUUUGUUAACCAUUUUAUAAAUAAUAAAUUUGCUCAGCUCA